GGAAAUCCUCACCGUUUCGUUUGAUUAGUCUGUUAGCCCUCCUUUCCACCUUUGAAAAUCGUGCACUUCUCGCCUCGUAUUGUUUCACUCAAGCAUGUCCCUGUCUCCCGUGGCAGCAGUACCAAUUCUCCCCCAGGAGCAGCCGUCCGCUUCAACGUCAGCAAGAGAACAAGACGACACGUGGUUGAAGCCGUUGUGGGAGUACUCUUUCCCUCCUGUGGCUGAUGAUAAGCGGCUAGACAAAGAGGGGUCUGGACAAGCCCCUCAGCAAGCGCAGACGAGUUCUCCGGGGCCUUCGUCCGUGGGCAAUGUAUCGCCUCGCACCAAGGCAACCAGUGGAUUGGCAUUCAAAAAAAGACGCAGAUCAAAAGGUGAUCCUGCCCGUGAAGGUGAGAGAAGUAACCGAAGACGAGGAGAGAAUAAAGAAAAAAGAAUUAUGGAGAGAUGCCGUGGUGCGCCAUCCUGGCUUACUGGCAAGACAAACGCUAUUCACCCUCCUCCUUCCAGCAGCUUCACCGGUUUAUCAGCUCCUAUCAUCUACCCACCUCAGAUUCCCAUCCCACCCUCUUCACAUCGCGCCACAAAACCUCCAUUUCCUGUGCAACAAACCAAUCAUGUUGGCCUGUAUGACAGAAGAGGUUCUAUGCCUUCUUCAUUCACUCAGUCUACAUUAGGCAUCAUUGGGCCAAUGGAGAGCUAUGGCACAGGUAUGACGAGAACACAGUCGUGGGGUGGACCUGAUACGCCUACAAGCAGUGUCUUGGCCACGGCAAGUGACUAUUCGGGGGUCCGGAUGAGUGACGACAUAACCAGAAGGAGGGCAAGCGAGCCUCACACCACCAUGUUGGGUGUAACGUUCAAGUCCAACUGCUAUACGAACUCGUCACAGGCAUCGAUGGGUCUCUUGGAUACUCAGAGUAUGGGUAGAAAUAGAGAAACCAGUCGGGACAGAAGUGUUGGCGGCGAUUGGCCUGGGCAAAAUUCAGGCGUGUGGGCGAAUGGUAUGGGUAGAAGUAGCCCCCUCCCGACAGUCACAGAGCCCCAACAGCUCAACAGCUCGUACCCAGCAUGGCUUCUUAUGAAUACGGAUGCUGCAAACUGUCAAGAUGGUUCCGUUCACUCUUUUGGUCCCCUUACUCCAUCGUCCAUUCAGACUGACCUUCAAACCUUCACGUCCAGCACUUCCUAUCCCCCUCCACCGACAACCUCCUUUAGCCCUGGUCCGACAUACGUGCCCGAGCCCAUGAACAUCCAAAUGCAUUCCUCAGGGUUCUCUUCCGGGCAUUGCUUCUCCCAUUGGCAGCCUGACCCUGCACCUUCAAUCCAUAUCUACAAUCUGGACGGAUGUGAAUCAUACCCGUCCUAUUUCAAUGGUAUGAAUGGACCUGCGCAUCCUCAGACGGAUCAUGCAUACCAGCAUCAGGUUCUUAAUUAUGAUAGGGUAGCUUUUAGGCGUAGGUUGUGCGACGAUGUAGAGGCGGAGGAGCCGGUAGAGCGCAGAUAAUGUAAUAGAAGAGAAAAAAGGAGAAACUGUUGAGGGUCACUGCAAAAAGGUGAAUUAUCUUAGUGGUCGUUUGGAUUAUCCUGGAACUGCGAGCUGGUGACGGGCUUGUAGAUUGGAACUGUAAACUGUGACUAGUUUCGGGAUUCGCGUAAGUUCAGGUUCAACCUUUAUCGAGCUCGCAGGAUGAACAAUAUAGGCGGAGGUGGGAGUGGAGGUUUCGUGACCUUUUUCGUAUAAAAGUUUGCUGUGAGGUGUUUUCCCGAAACUUCUCCGAGAACGGGGGUGGAGAGAAAGGAUUCUAAUAAUUGAGAAAAGACCAAGAGAAUGGAGGAUCGAUGGCUGGUGGUGUUGUAUAUUUGUGCAGCAUGGUGUGUAGGAUAGUAUUACACUCUAUCUCUGAUGCUAUACCCGGCAGUUUAACACGUAGUUUUUAUAAUCAUGCAAUUUCGAC